UCUGAAAAUAUCCAGUGUUGAUGAUGCUGAUUCAUGCAUGCGUUACCUUCAACAGCACAGAGUGGUCCACUGCACACAUUACACACAGUGUUAUUGUAGAUCUGAUGGAAGAGCAACUCAUUUUACUACCUCUUGCUGUGAGGCAGAGCAGUGCAGACAGACACGGUGGCAUCCAUAAAGUUUAUAAGUAUGAACUCUAUCAUAUAGAGGUGUGGCAGAGAGUGCUAGGAGGGAUGUGUGUGGCCAUGCAGAGGUUUUUAUUGAUUCUUACUCUCAUUAAAGAGUAAAAAGGGGAGCUUGUUGAGUCAAUGGUCCGUUGUGUGGCUGCCAAUAAACCAUUAAUUCAACAUUCUAGUCUGUAAACUGUGUUUCAGAAGCGAGGCUGUGUCGCUUUGAAAGAAGACACACAAAUGAAAAAGUAAAUCCAUGAGCAAAUCAACACGCCCUUUUGUAUUUCUGAAGAAAAAAAAAAUGCUCUGAUGUUUUGAAGCUGCGGCCUUACUUGCCCUCUUGAGAACAUUGUGUACACAGAGUUUACUAAAAAGGUUUUUGGACAACUCAAAUUAGCAGUAGAAUCUCCGGCCCGCCGCCGUCCUGGCAGACACAAAAGUAUCGAUCCCCGAGUGCGACCUGACAGGGACGAGAGUAAUGGUGGACCUCUUACCUGCUUGGUACCUGCAAUGUUCUCAAUGCUCGUGUUCAUGUGUAGAGACCCUGGUGAUUCCACGAGCAAAGUUUCAUGAUGUCUCGUGCCUUCUUAGUGUUUUAAAAAUAGCAGUUUCGAUGCUAGUGUAAGAGUGCCCGUAGCACUCCAUUGAAAAUUAGCUUACCUGAAAACAAAACUACGGUAAAUCAUAAAAGUGACUUUUUAUUCCUAAUUAUGCCUUUACACGAAGGUUUGACUCAUCUACAUACACAAAUAAAGCCUAGGUUGCGUUUUGGUAAGAGUUUCAAUUUAAGCUAACAAGUGUAUAUCUGUCGUCUCUGUGUUUACCCAGAGGUUUGUUCAGUGCUCGAACAUGUAUUUCAGUCUGUCUUUCCAACCCCUGACUAGUCUCCCACAAUCUUAAAUACAGUGAACACAUGCGUUAUACAACCAGUGAGAAAACGUCAACAAUAUCGCACAAGCUGGAUCACUUCUGGCUAAAACAGGAUAAAAAUCCAAACCUCAUAUAUUGCAAUAUCCUUUUGGGAGCUACUUAUCCUACCUAUACUGUUACUCUGACCUUAAAGUGUACGUAUGUUUAUAUUACUGAAACUUAAAGUAGAAAAGUAGAUUUCUGAGUCUCAUUCUCGUCAAAUAAUGACGGUCUGGGAUCACGGUCGACGCAUCCGACAAUCCUCAAGCGUCAGUUUUUGUUGAAAAUCAUCUCUUUUCACAAAUAACACCUUUAAAAGAUAAAUUCACCCAAAAAUUUUGAUUCAGUCUUUAUCUUCUCACCCCCAUGUCCGUGGAAAGUUUCGCAGUCCACAAAACAUUUCUGGAGCUUCACAGCAAAACAGCGUUGCAGCACUCUCCUAAACAACUGCAGCAGAUGUGGACUUUAAAAUCUAUUAAAAAAAAAAAAAACAAAAACAAAACAUAACCGAGUCUCCAAACCUCCCAAACCCCAAGAUCCAUAAAUUGAUUUAUAAAGGCUUUAUUCACACCCUUUUAAGCGGAAAUCGUCUCUGCAGCUGCCAAGCUAAAAGCGCCGUCUGAACUUUGUGCAUGAGCUUCAGGGUGUAAAUAAAAUAUUAUCAAACAAUUUCCGGAUCUCGGGGCUUCCACAAACUUGGCUCACUCUGGACGGGCUGCAUGGAGCCAUUUUGUGAUUGCUGUUUUUCUUUUUUUUUUUUUUAAUUGCUCGCAAUGUUUGUUGUUGCACUUCUACAUAUGAUGAGUACUGUUAGUGAGAAAGGUUGCACACAAAAAGAUCUUGGUAGCAAAACACUCACUGUACGUCGGUUUCCUUUUCAGCCUCAGUAAUGCAGACACACCAAACUGAACAGCAAGACCGAUCGUCAGAGCUUCAGGCUGCUCUGCUCCUGAGUGAGGAGGAGAGCAGUAAUCUCAUCAGACCACAAAAACCUCUCAAUCCUUUAACAGCCUCCAGGAGCCACCAGGAGCUCCACAAAGAACUGCGGAUGACCCACAAGAGGAGAGUGACGCAGGAAGGGAAGAGCGAGCUCCAGAGGGCUUUAGAGAAGAGGAAAUGGGAACAAAGGAUGAAGGAGAGCAGAGAUCAGGAAGAGGCGAGGAGGAGCAGAUCACCACUUCAUCAAGAGCUGGUGAAAAGACAGCAGAGGCUAGAAAAGCUGGAGAAAGACGAAGGACAGCAGCGAGAGGGGCCGGAGUUCCUCCGAGUCAAAGAGAGACUGAGAAGAACUGCGGUGUUGAAUGCAGGAGAGAAACGAGUGUGAUGUUAAAGAUUUGUCAUCGGAAGUUAAACGUUUUCCUGUGGACAGACAGCACAGUAGUCUGUUUGAAAUAUGAACAGGUGAUAUGAAUCAGUGCUGGAGUAGAUAGAUAACAUCAUUACAUCUAUAUGACUAAAUCAUCCUGCUGGGUCAGCAUGUAGUCUUCUCAGUGUAUUCUCCUCCCAUCAUUGAGUUAUUUGUAGUGUUAUUUAUGUGUGGUGAUGGACAUUUUAAAUGAAAAUUGACAAAGUUUUCAAUUUUACCAUGUGUGUUUGUUUUUUUUUUCGUGUGUGUGUGUGAAAUCAGUUCACCCUUCAGGUGUCAUUGUUUUGUCCAGCCAUGUUAUGUAUAUAAUGUGAUGGUGGGAAGUGUUCUGUCAUCAGUAUGCUGGUCAAUAACCAGGUAUAUUUGUCUGAUGGGCAACACUGAGAAUUAUUGUGAUUCUAAGAUGACUUAUGAGAUAAUUACUGUGUCUUCUGUGUGCCAUUACAAUAAAAAACAUUCA